AUGAUGGCCCUUGAUAAUUCAGAAAAUAUGCAAAUAAACUGUGAGGCAUCUUUAAAAUGCCUCCAGGGCAAGGUAUUUCCUUGCAAUUUUCAGAGUAAUGGGAGUUCUAUGGAAGGUUUUACAGAGCUUAAAAAUGAGCCUGGUUCUCACCCAGCUGGGGAUGUUACUGAGCCUAACUGCCAUUUAGGCAGUGAGUUUCUUGAGCCUUCCAAUGAAUUUCACAGCAAACCUACUUAUCAUCAAAACUACAGUUCCUGGACACCCUGCCAUUUUAAUGCUCACAAGGUGCAGCCUUGCCCAAUGAAUGCUUUUGAGAGCCAUUUAUAUCCUUAUCCUGUUGAGAACCAGCUUCAGUAUGUUCCAAUUAACAUGAUUGCUCAGGGUUUCCCGCGUGAGCAAUAUCAAGAAUUUCAGUACUUUGUGGUGAUAGACUUUGAGGCUACCUGUGACAAGGAGAAAAAUCCCCACCCUCAAGAAAUAAUUGAGUUUCCAUCUGUUAUAGUGAGUAGCAUCACUGGCCAGCUGGAAGCGUGUUUUCAAACAUAUGUGAGGCCCACCUGCAAUCAGCUUCUGACUGACUUCUGCAAGGAUCUGACUGGUAUCCAGCAAAUUCAGGUGGACAGAGGUGUUACAUUGAGUGAGGCUCUACUUAGGCAUGAUAAGUGGCUUGAGAAGAAGGGAAUAAAGAAUUCCAACUUUGCUGUGGUCACAUGGUCUAACUGGGAUUGUCGGGUGAUGCUUGAAUCUGAGUGUCGAUUCAAGAAAAUUCGGAAGCCUCCUUAUUUUAACCGCUGGAUCAACUUAAGGAUUCCUUUCCGUGAGGUAUUUGGUGCUGUCAGGUGCAAUCUAAAGGAAGCUGUUGAGAUAGCCGGCCUGGCCUGGCAGGGUCGUGCACAUUGUGGCCUCGAUGAUGCCAAAAAUACUGCUCGCCUGCUGGCACUGCUCUUGCACCGGGGAUUUAGAUUUUCCAUUACCAAUUCCAUAAUGUGGCAGCCAGCUGAUCGAUCGCUGGUGUGGAAACAGUCUCCAGAACAACCAAUUAUUUUCCCCCAUUUCCCCUACAAAGCAAAGGAUAUCACCACCCCCAUGGUUCAGUAUAACCCUUUCUGCCACUGUGGGGUGAAAAGCAGCAGGUGCAUGGUGAGGAAGCCGGGUCCCAAGCAUGGGAGCCUUUUCUUUGGAUGUGGAAAUUGGACUGCAACUAGAGGUGCUCGCUGCAAUUACUUUGAAUGGGCUUCUAACUGA